CAGGAAUCCUAUUGCCCUGGUUUCUGGCUGCUUUGAAAAACAUUUGGGAAAACAAGAACCCCUGCAUUAUAUUUCACAACUCAUUUAGUGUAUUUGGACAGCUCAUGCGAAGGGGAGACACUACAGAGUCUGCUGCAUUCUGAGUUAUUGUCAUCAGAGGCUAACAAUUCAUACAAGACACCCAAAGACUUCAGAGUUCAGGUUGUAUGCUGUGUUCCCACUAAUCCACUUGCUGCCAAGGGGAAAUGUUUAAGAGGCUGUCCAAGCAGCUCAUACAAGAGCUGGACUCAGAUGGGAAGCUGAUUCCUGUGACCAGUUUGGCACAUAGCGAUAGCUUCCGGCCUCUUUCCUUGGUGACCAAAGAGCACUCCAGGUUUCCGUGGCAUACCCGAAAGUAUUCCCCAACUGCAUUCAAGCUGAGAGAUAUAUUGCAGGACGGAGCAACGAUGGAGAUAGAGCUGAAGCACUCUGAACCACUCUUGUUUUCUGCAAACACAUGCCAUAAAUCCAGUGCAAGGGUAAACCUUAAGAUUCAUUAUGCACAAGUGGAAAUUAGUGGCUUGGGUUCAACAUGCUCAACUGCCUCUCCAGUAUAUGUGAAGAAGACCUAUGUGGACAUCAGGGAGUUGUGGACAACGGAGACAUCCCUCGGCUUUAUCCAGCAAGUUUACCCUAAACUGCAAUUCUACAUUGUGACGGAAGCCUUUGAGAUAACAGACUCACUUCUGGUAGAAGAGACCAUGCAAGUAGGAGGCAAGGGAGAGGUUAUUGUGGCAGAGUUACUUCAGAUUCAGGGUCUGAACACAAGAGUGAAAAAGAGAUCGGUGUUAAUUCCCCGAGGCACGGUGAUGGCCUAUGGGGUUGAAAAGCUCCAGACGCGUGAGGAAGACCUUGUUAUCUCCUGCCCAAGGUUUCAAACAAAGUUGGCUUCUUUGCUUGCUUAUAAUGAAUUCCAGGACGAACUGGGCUCCUCACUUACAGGUGUCCAGCAAGUCAAAAAUGCUGUUAAGGAGGCAUAUGAGCCAUUGAUAUAUCUCAGCCAGGUCACAAAAAAGAAUCUUCUGGAAUCCUUUGGGAUAUUGUUUCAAGAUGGAGAUAUUCCCUCCACUGUUCAGUCAGUGCUGGAACUUUCUAUGGUGGGGGACAACGUUGAUCGCUCCAUGUUGGAAUCAUUGAAUGAAGAAUUUCGGCCUUCAGUGGAAAUGUUGCUGUCUAACUUAGGGGUUUUCCCAGAAACGGAGAAAGGAGAGAGCCAAAGAGACCUCUGGGGACCAGUGCUCUUCUUUUGUUCAUCAAUAGAUGACUUGGACUAUGAGAUGCUGCCUCUGUUGGAGACCAUUAUGGAGAAGAAUAUGAUGGCCAAACAACUGGAGAUGAUGGAUAGCAUACUGGAGUGGAUUCUUUCUGGUGAUGAAGGUAGUGUUUUCACUCUCCCGUUCCAUUCCCAGAUGGAUGAAGAAGCUGAUCUAACAGCAGAGGCACUGCAAACCUGUGGUCUGGAUUUAGAAGCAGGGGAAACCUCUAUCACUUGCCUGUGGAAUAAUAAAGCCCUCUCAGAACUGGCUGCUUUUUACUCCAGUUUGUAUGUCCUGCUGAUCUUAAGUGGGUGAAGGGGAAAGGAAAACAUAUUUCAAAAAGAUUAUACUCUCCUGCUGGACCUUGGACUCAAUGGUAAAAUCCAGCAUGGUGCUUACUGCUUCCACUGUUUUGAGCCUAUUUGGUUCCAUGUUACCUGAGGGGUCAUUAAGAUGGUGAAAAUAAUCCAGGAUGAAUCCAGCUUGAAUCUCGGUUGUUCACAUGCAUCUUGAAUGCACCCGAUUAAGUGGGGGGGGGGGGCUGCCAAAACCUUCACUUGAUCUGGGAUAAUCGAUAUCGGAUUUCUGCCCGAGUUUUUUUUUAUAAAAAAGAUUUGCACUGUCAGUAAUGUAAAUAACUGAUGCAAAUAGAACUGAAUAGACUCGGGAUAAAACUCUGCAUGCCUUGAACAAUCUCAGUUGAUUCCCUCUUUAUUUGAAUGUUUGCAUGAGUGAGCAAAUUGUCACACUAAAAAAAUGACAUCUGAAUGACCCUUGAUGAGACCUCUUAUUUUCCUGUUAAGGGUCCGGGUGAUCAAAAGAUCAUGGGAAACAAGAAGCAGUUUGUAUGUAGUUCAUGGAAGAUAUUUUGAAGUUUAGGAGAUGUUUGUCCUCCCUUAUCAAUCUCAUUUAUCAUAUUUGGAAGCUGUAUCUAUGUGUCUGACAUGCUGGCCUAGAUUCCAAGUUAGAUUCUAAAAAUUAAAAUGAAAGAUAGGAUGCUUCUUUGUGGCAGCUAUUAGAAAGGAGGCAUGCUUGUCCAAGGUAUGUCUCAUGAUAUUGUCUCUUCAUUAAUAAGUAGAAGUUGCCCCUGAUUUUAAUAGGGAGGACUGCUGGAAGGUAGAUAACAAAGAUUGUCUUCUGGACUUCAGGACUUGUAGGAAUGGGUGUGUGAAAUGCUGUUAUGUAGUUUAGUAAAGGGGAAAAGGGCUCAUUUCCCUUAUCUCAAUAUUGACUGUGGUGUAGAAAUUUUUCAUGCAUCUCGCUAUUUCACACCAUGUUUCAUGCUAAUUUUCAAAGCCAUCAUUUUAAGAGAUACACGCUCCUGUUGAAGCUUAGGGGUACCUACAAUCCUGUAUUAUUUUAAACUUUUAAGAGAUAAUUUAAUCUCCCAUUUUAACAAUUACUUUAAAGUUCAGUUAUAAUGUUUACAGCAUAAGACAAUCUACUGAAUAAUAAGAGUAAGUUUGAACAUAUUAAUGUGUACCAAAGUGUUAUUGCUAAUCCAGUUGCAUAUUCCUACUAUGAGUUGCCCCUGUGGAUAGUGAACUGUAAUUACUAGAUCAUGACUGAGUAAUUAUACAAUAUUAUUUUCCUAUAAAAAUGACAAAAAAGAAGAACUUUGGGCCCAUCCUAUGAAAAAACUUGGACCUGGGGAGAAGAAAAAAACUCCUCUUUAAUGGAAAUACUACAAAAUGUGGGACCAUUGUACUGGCUUUCUCUUGGAUUUGCCAUUCAAAUGUAAUCUUUAUUUCUAAAUAGUACUAUAAAAACAUACAUCUUAAACAUCCUGGCAAGAUCACAAGAGUGAUUUUCUACUCCUGAAAAUGUCCUGAAGAGAGGGUAGAUAUGCCGUAGCACAGUUCCAAAUAGAGAAUAAACUUUGAAAUUAAAGGAGUAAACUGUGAACAUUAAGAUGCUUUUGUGUGAGAGGGAUUAUCCUUGGAAAGUUGUGUUAUUUUAUUCUUGCUUUGUGAUGUAGACAAAGUUAUUGCUUUGUAUUGUUUUAAUAUUUAUUUUCUGUCAUGGUGGACCUGACCUGAUCCGCCACAACAAACUGUCCUACCUAGACAAGUGGAGAGGGAA